AUGGGACAGGUUGUUGUCGGAGGUGGCAACGCCGGUCUUGCCGUAGCCGCCCGUCUUGCGCAACAGCAGAAAGGAACGGUGGCGGUCGUCGAAGCCGGCAGCUUUUAUGAGAUUGGGAACAGCAAUAUGAGCGAGGUUCCGGCAUUUACUAGCAUAUUCGCGAGCAAAGGUGUCCACGAUUGGCAGCCGAUGUAG